GUCCCGCCCCCACUCCGCGAUAGCCCGGCCGGCUGCCCGGGAGCUACGGCCAUGACGGCGCGAGGGACCGCGAGCCGCUUCUUGACCAGUGUCCUGCACAACGGGCUGGGUCGUUACGUGCAGCAGCUGCAGCGUCUCAGCUUUAGCCUUAGCCGUGACGCGCCCUCUUCCCGCGGUGCCAGGGAGUUUGUGGAACGGGAGGUGACCGACUUCGCCCGCCGGAACCCGGGGGUCGUAAUAUACGUGAAUCCGCGGCCGUGCUGUGUGCCCAGAGUAGUGGCCGAGUACCUUAACGGGGCUGUGCGCGAGGAGAGCAUCCAUUGCAAGUCGGUCGAGGAGAUCGCCGCACUGGUGCAGAAACUGGCGGACCAGUCGGGAUUGGACGUGAUCCGCAUCCGCAAGCCCUUCCACACGGACAGCCCUAGCAUCCAGGGCCAGUGGCACCCCUUCACCAACAAACCGACAACGUUGGGCGGCCUGCGCCCUCGAGAGGUUCAGGAUCCUGCUCCAGCCCAGGUGCAAGCACAAUGAAGAGUUGCCCCAUUAACUCCAAUUCCAGUCUUGAUUCUCAUCUCAGUAGAGGUGGUUCUUCCUCCUCGUUUGGUUCACAGGAGACACAUGGAGCCCACCAAAAGGGAAGCUGAGCCAAAACUUCUGCUUGGGAUACAGAAGAGUUGCCUGUUUCUUUUUUUGGUGUUCACUGUGCGGGGCAGUGGCUGUGAGCCUUCUAGUUUUUAUCUGGUUGACAUCUCUAAAAUCUGAGAGUGUUAAAGGAUUUUACUGGGUCCUUAUUUCUCAAAUCCAUAAUAGUGAUCUGAAAUCACAUUGAGAGGUUUCAAGGCUGGCAUCUGAAGAAUCUCUUAUGUCCUGUUUCUGCAUUCGUUGACCUAGAGAGAAGUAGCACCUUAUAUUCUGCUGUGUAUACACUGGGCAAGGCCUUUUAUAUGUGUAUGAAUGUUUUGUGUAGAGAUUAGAAAACUGAAGUUAAUAAACUUGCCAAGAUCACACUGUAAGUCUACUAUAAACUAUGUGCAUAUUUAACCUAUAACACCAUUUUUUAUUAUUCUAAAACCACAGAGGAGGAUGGUGUAGUAUUGAAGGCCAAGAUUAAUCUAGGCUUGACCCUUGGAAAGAGUGGUUCUCAGGUCAGCAUUGAAAAAAAAGGAGGAAAAAAAAAGGCAGCAUCUUCUAGGCUUCACUAAAAAUGGGGUGGGGGGUGGGGGAAGGAUGGUGAGGAAAAGAGCCAGGAGGUAAAAAACCUAGAAACUUUUUGAACUGUUGUAAUUUUGUCAUGUUCAUAUCACCAUGAUCAAUAAAUAGUGAGAGCCUGUAAAAAGGCCUUUUUGGA